CGGCCGCCCGCCCCCUGCCCCCUGCCCCCUGCCCCCGGCUGCCGGCCAGUCCCUCCCCGCUCCGCCCGCCGGCAGGUGCGGCGGCCGCCGAGUAGGUGCGUGGGGAUGAUCUCACCCGCGCGCUCCGCGCCAGGAGGAGGAGGAGCGGGAGCCAGUCCAACUUCCGGGUAGUGGAGCCGCACGCCACCGGCAUCUUGCUUUUUCCUUCCUCCUCCCCCCGGGUACCCCUCGCCGCGCCCUCCUUUCCUUUUAUUCCCGGCCCCACCCGCCAAAAUGAACAGCUCGGACGAGGAGAAGCAGCUGCAGCUCAUCACCAGUUUGAAGGAGCAAGCAAUUGGCGAAUAUGAAGACCUUAGAGCAGAGAACCAGAAAACAAAGGAGAAGUGUGACAAAAUUAGGCAAGAACGAGAUGAAGCUAUUAAAAAACUGGAGGAAUUUCAAAAAAUUUCUCACAUGGUUAUAGAAGAAGUUAAUUUCAUGCAGAACCAUCUUGAAAUAGAGAAGACUUGUCGAGAAAGUGCUGAAGCUUUGGCAACAAAGCUAAAUAAAGAAAAUAAAGCAUUGAAAAGAAUCAGCAUGUUAUACAUGGCCAAGAUGGGACCAGAUGUAAUAACUGAGGAGAUAAACAUUGAUGAGGAAGAUUCAACUACAGACACAGAUGGUGCCACCGAGUCUUGUGUCUCCGUACAGUGUCAGAAGCAAAUCAAAGAACUUCGAGAUCAAAUUGUAUCUGUUCAGGAGGAAAAGAAGACAUUAGCUAUUGAACUGGAAAAUCUCAAGAGCAAACUUGUAGAAGUAAUUGAAGAAGUAAAUAAAGUUAAACAAGAAAAUGCUGUUUUAAAUUCAGAAGUUCUUGAACAGAGAAAAGUCUUAGAAAAAUGCAAUAGAGUGUCCAUAUUAGCUGUAGAAGAGUAUGAGGACAUGCAAGUAAACCUGGAGCUGGAGAAGGACCUUCGGAAGAAAGCAGAGUCGUUUGCACAAGAGAUGUUCAUUGAACAAAACAAGCUAAAGAGACAAAGUCACCUUCUGCUACAGAGCUCUGUCCCUGACCAGCAGCUUUUGAAAGCUUUAGAUGAGAAUGCAAAACUUACCCAGCUCCUUGAAGAAGAGAGAAUUCAGCAUCAGCAAAAGGUCAAAGAACUGAAAGAGCAACUAGAAAACGAAACACUCCACAAAGAGAUACACAACCUCAAACAGCAGCUGGAACUUCUAGAAGAAGACAAAAAGGAAUUGGAAGCGAAAUACCAGAAUUCUGAGGAGAAAUCCAGAAAUUUAAAGCACUCAGUCGAUGAGCUCCAGAAACGAGUGAACCAGUCUGAGAAUUCAGUACCUCCACCACCUCCUCCGCCUCCGCCGCUGCCCCCUCCACCUCCCAAUCCUAUCCGAUCCCUCAUGUCCAUGAUCCGGAAACGAUCCCACCCCAGUGGCAGUGGUGCUAAGAAAGAAAAAGCAGCUCAAGCAGAAACAACUGAAGAAGUCACUGAUCUAAAGAGGCAAGCAGUUGAAGAGAUGAUGGAUAGAAUUAAAAAGGGAGUUCAUCUUAGACCAGUUAAUCAGACAGCCAGACCGAAGUCAAAGCCAGAAUCUUCAAAAAGCUGUGAAAGUGCAGUGAAUGAACUAAAAGGAAUACUGGGGACACUUAACAAAUCCACUAGUUCAAGAAGCUUAAAAUCUCUUGACCCUGAAAACAGUGAAACUGAGUUAGAAAGGAUUUUGCGGCGCAGAAAGUUGACAGCAGAAGCAGAUAGCAGUAGUCCAACCGGGAUAUUAGCCACCUCAGAGUCCAAAUCCAUGCCGGUGUUGGGUUCUGUAUCCAGUGUAACAAAAACAGCCUUGAACAAGAAAACUCUGGAGGCAGAAUUCAACAGCCCGUCCCCCCCAACACCUGAGGCAGGUGAAGGGUCCUGUAAAUUGGAAGAAUGCACAAGUUCCAAGGUUACAUUUCAGCCUCCCAAUAGCAUUGGACGCGAGAGAGAAUACGUCGUUGACAGUGAAAAACAAGCUGAAGAACAAGUUGUAGUUUUAGAUCCUGUUUCCACACAUGAACCCCAAACCAAAGACCAGGUCACUGAAAAGGAUCCAACUCAACGCAAAGCGGAGGAAGGUGAAGUUGAACCAGAACACAAAGAAGACAGUGUUGAAAAAAUGAGAGAGAACGACAGCUCCAGCUGCUGAUCUGUCACCCAGCAGGCUGACAGUUUGGAAGUCCUUUUCAAUAAGCAUGUGAUUAAGUUUUGGUGUAUCGGCAAGAGCUAUAGACAUUCUGUUCUGGUCACUGCAUUCAGAAUAAAGGUUCUUUUCUGGUGUCACAGUAGUAUAUAAGCUGUUUAGCAAAAUACAUAUUCUGAGUAGUUCUGGGUUUUUGAUCUUUAUAGGGAUACAAUUUUUUCCUAGUUACUAUGUUAAGUAUGGCUUCUUCUAGAAGGUUAUAAAAAAUUCAGAUAUCAAUUGUCUUUUUAGGAAACGUGCAUACCCCUCAUUAAAUGAAUGCUGAAAGUUUGAGGUGCUUGUGAAUAAUUGGAUAAACAAAACUGACCAACCCAACAUGAUUUUAAAAGCCCUAAAGAAGCUUCCCUUUUGAGUCUGAUCCUCUUUGAUGGUGAAACUGCAGCAGCAUGGAAAUUGUUGGGUCCUGUGGCAUACAAGUUAUUUUCUAGGGCAGACUGAGAUAAGCUUCAAACUCAGGAGCUGGCAUCAUGCUAGCAGUCCCAUAGUCGGUAUUAAUUACACAUAUUGUUAACUAUUGGAUGAAAAAUACGUGCUAUUGAUUGUGUCCAAAGCCUCCCAAAGGCCUCGGUGGGGAUGCUCCAGUGGCCUGAAUACAGAAAUGAGGUGAAAGUACAAACCUUGAACUUAACAGUAAUAUCUUAGUAAACCAGGUGCUCUCUGCUAUGAGUUAAUUGUGUUUUCCUAUUUACUAAUGAGGCACAAGUACCGUAUUUUAUCACACUUCUUAUGUACAGUGAAGAUAAGUGACAAGCACAUAUUUUUCUUGCUUCACUGCUGUUCUAUAUUACACGGGUUUGUUUGUGUGUAUUUUUUUUAAAGAAAUUAAGUGGUAGUUAGUCUCUAAAAAUACAAUAUUUCAGGCCACCACAGUGAAUAAAUAGAAAUGUAAUCAGGGAUUUAAAAAAAAAAAAAACUUACACAGCUUUUCAAAGUUGAUUGUUUCAAAAUUGGUGUUUAUUUAAAAUAAGUGGUAAUGUACUUGAAUGCACUUUUUAUGACAAUGAUUCAGUAACAGUAAUUUUACUAUUAAAGAAAGUGAAAGGUUUAGUUUUUUUAGCAUGGCUCAGCAUGUAGCUGUCAGGUGUUUCUCACCUAAGGGCAAAAGAAAAUGAUAGUAAUAAUUGCAGUAGUUGUAUUGUAUUUUUGCACGUGUGCUAAGCAUAGGCUUGAAGAGGUUGGUAGGCAGGUAAAAGUACUUCCUAAAUUUGGAGGUAAUUAUCUUUCUGUAGGUUCGGUAGGCUUAACUGUUUCCAUGUUCUCCCAGUGUUGAUUUUACAGUUGAUUCAUAGGGAAUUAAAAUGUAUGUUUUUCAACUGUAUUUUUUCUUAACUGGAUAAUACUGCUGUAUGAUAUACUAGCUACAGACUGCAUUGAUUCACUCACACAAGUUCUGUUAUUCUGUGAUUUGAACUCUCCUCACCACAACUUAUUAAAAAAGCACCUACAGUUUCCCAUUAA